AUGGAGUUUUUAGGUGUUCCUAAUCCCAUUGUUGUUCUUACCUGGAUCCAAAACACAGAAAAAGUGUUCCGUGUUUCUUAUGUGGUUAAUGAAGAAAAGGCUAAUUAUGCUUUUGCAAUGCUCAUCGAAGAUGCCGUGGUCUGGUGGGAAGCAACGUUUGAAGCUCUCAACGAGUAUGACCAGGGGAGUUUAUCUUGGGAAAUGUCCAAAACUCGUUUGCUUGGAAAGUAUUGUCCUGUAGACAUGAGGAGAACAUUGGAGAAAGAAUUCCUCGAGCUUAAACAGGGAGAAAUGACUGUGAAUGAUUAUGAAACUCAAUUCAAUCAAAAAGCACGGUUUGCUGCAAAGUAUAUUUCAACUGAAGACGAUAAAAUUCAGUUAUUCAUGGAAGGACUAUGGUAUGAAAUCUGCGAUUUCGUGGUCAAUCGGGAUGUUCUAUCAUUUGAUAAAGCUGUUGAGUAUGCCCGAAAGCACGAGCAUGACUUAGAGAUACGUGGUGCCACUCUUUCUGUUCUGAAGCAUCCACGUGUUGAUCGAACUGUUCUUGUUUCCUCUAUUCCAUCAGCUCAAUCCGUUCGAUUUGAUCAUGGAAAACAAGUACUAUCUCAUUAUACUUCUCGUGGACGUGGAAGGUCAUAA